AUGUUCCAGCUCACGGACUCGCUGCUGCGCGGGGUCAUGCACCACCGCCCGCAGUUCCCGCUCGAGCUGUGCCACCCGCCGGCCUUCGAGCCCAAGAAGCUCGCGCUGAGCUUCCCGACGCCCGAGUCGGACACCACGAGCGUCGCGUCCACCACGCCCAGCGAGGCCUCCACGGUCUCCACGCCCGUGCUGCGCGAGCGCAUGAGCCUGAGCUUCAUCACGAACCCGGACACGCCGCAGGAGCCGAUGCACAUGCCACCCGUGCCCAACGCGCUGGGCCUCCCCACGCCCGCGGGUGGCGUCAUCUGCUCCAAGAAGAACUGCUACCGCACGGCCAACAGCCUCUUCGGCGCCUUCUGCGAGUUCCACAAGCCCAGUCGCCUCUGCAAAGUGCCCGAGUGCCGCAAGUGCGCCAAGACGGGCGGCUUCUGCAUCUCGCACGGCGGCGGCCGGCGGUGCCGCAACGAGGGCUGCGUCAAGAGCGCCAAGGAGGGCGGCUACUGCAUCGCCCACGGGGGUGGCAAGCGCUGUCGCGAGGAAGGCUGCUCCAAGUCCGCUCUGGCCGGCGGGCUCUGCUCCGCGCACGGCGGCGGCAAGCGCUGCAGCGCGCCCAACUGCUCCAAGACGGCGCUCAAGGGCGGUCUCUGCAUCGCACACGGCGGCGGCCGGAGAUGCGAAGUCGUCGGGUGCACCAAGAGCGCGGUGGGCGGCCACCUGUGCGUCUCGCACGGCGGCGGCCGGCGCUGCCGGGAAGCCGGCUGCAACAAGGGCGCCGUUCGUCGAGGCGUGUGCAUUCGCCACGGAGCACGGACAGAUUAG